AUGGGUGCCGAUGGAAUGGUUGGCGGUGGAAUGGGCGGAGGCGGAAUGGGCGGCGGCGGAAUGGGCGGCGGCGGAAUGGGCGGCGGUGGAAUGGGCGGCGGCGGCAUUGGUGGCGGCGGAAUGGGCGGCGUCGGAAUGGGUGGCGGCGGAAUGGGCGGCGGCGGAAUGGGCGGCGGCGGAAUGGGCGGUGGUGGAAUGGGCGGCGGCGGCAUUGGUGGCGGCGGAAUGGGCGGCGGCGGCAUUGGUGGCGGCGGAAUGGGCGGCGGAGGGAUGGGUGGCGGCGGAAUGGGCGGCGGCGGACUGGGCGGCGGCGGAAUGGGCGGUGGCGGAAUUGGAGGGGGCAUGGGCGGACCUGGUUCCUCUGCUCCCGGAUCGCAAUCAGCCAUGGAUCCUGGAAGAAACAUGGGUGGCGGCGGAAUGGGCGGCGGCGGAAUGAGUGGCGGCGGAAUGGGCGGAGGCGGCAUGGGUGGCGGCGGAAUGAGCAGCGGAGGAAUGAGUGGCGGCGGAAUGGGCGGCGGCAGCAUGGGUGGCGGUGGGAUGGGCGGAGGCGGAAUGGGCGGCGGCGGAAUUGGCGGCGGCGGAAUGGGCGGAGGCGGCAUGGGUGGCGGCGGAAUGAGCGGCGGAGGAAUGAGUGGCGGCGGAAUGGGCGGCGGCAGCAUGGGUGGCGGUGGAAUGGGCGGAGGCGGAAUGGGCGGCGGCGGAAUGGGCGGCGGUGGAAUGGGCGGCGGCGGAAUGAGCGGUGGCGGAAUGGGCGGCGGCGGAAUGGGCAGCAUGGGCGGACCUGGGUCGUCUGCUCCCGGAUCACAAGCAGCCAUGGGUCCUGGGGGAAACAUGGGCGGCGGCGGCAUGGGUGGCGGCGGAAUGGGCGGGGGUGGAAUGGGCAGUGGCGGAAUGGGAGGCGGCGGAAUGGGCGGCGGAAUGGGCGGCGGAGGCAUGGGCGGCGGAGGAAUGGGCGGGUCAGGGUGGGUUGCUCCAGGGUCGCAGGCAGCACCCGGCCAGGGUGGACCUGGGAUGGGCGGAGGGAUGGGCGGAGGGAUGGGGGCAGGGAUGGGGGGAGCUGGGGGCAACAUGGGAGGCGGGAUGGCAGCACGCUCACUGGUGCAUGGGCGCUGA